AUGUCCGUCACCGCCGGCAACACCUGCGCCACCUGCUACUCUUGUUAUAAGUCCAGACCUAACGCCAAACCCCUCUUUCCCUCUAACACACGCCACAACUCUCAAUUUUCAUUACCCCUAUCAUUCGCGUCAAUAAAUUCUUCGCAUUCUCGCGCAAUUGUAGCCAAAGCGCUGUCGGGUGGUGAUAAGAACAAAACUUCAUCCAAUCACAAGGAGCAACUUGUGGAGGAGGAAGUAGAAGUAGAGGAAGACUUGCCAUGGAUACAGGAGAAAGCGCUGGAUUUGGUCGAGUUCACGGGCUCCGUCACGCAGGCAAUCCCAGGGCCCCGAGUGGGCCGGAGCAAGUUGCCCUGGGUUCUUGCGGUCCCCUUGGCUUAUCUGGGCAUCACAUUCGUCAUGGCAUUUGUUAAGACCGUCCGCAAGUUUAGUUCUCCCAGGGAAAAACGCCGCAAACUGGUCAAUAAAAAUGCCAUUCUCUGCAAAUCUAUAGAUGAGCUCUUUGAGAAGGGAAUGGAUGAAGUAGACCAAUCCACUUUAAAGGGACUGGUGCAGAAGACAGGUUUUGACAUGGAGGAAAUUUUACGAAAAUAUAUUCGUUAUGCAUUAAACGAGAAGCCGUUUACUCCAGAUUUGGUAUCUAAUUUGAUCCAGCUCAGAAAAAAAUCACUGUUAGAUGACUCCCAGGUAGCUGGAAUCCUGAAUGAGAUCUCAAGAAGGAUUGUGAAGGACAAAGGUCCAGUGGUCAUGGAUAUGUCAGGAUAUUCAGAAAAAGGUUUCAAAAGAAAACUUGCUGUGCAAACUCUUUUUGGAAAGGUGUAUUAUCUUUCUGAGCUGCCUGAGUUAUGUUCAAAAGACAGCUCUCUAACUGUCAAAGAGAUAUUUGGGGUAGCAGACGAAGAUGCCGAGAAGCUUAGACUCCAUACUGUUUCAAAAGCCGGGGAUUUCGAUUCACUAGAGAAAAUGGUCUCGGAUUCAGAGGAAUCGAAUGAUGAAUCAUCAAAUGUCUCUUGA